AUGUCAACGACGAAGCCGUUAGCGCAUGAGAAGCGCAAGGGCGAAUCUGCUCUCAGCGACUUCGCCGAAUAUGUAGAGCAGCAGCAGAACUUACGCUAUCCCACCGCAAAAAUAACGACUGACACGAUUGCCGAAACCACCGACUCAAAUAUCGAACAACACGAGGAGCUCGACGAAUUGUUUGAUAAUCUCGAUCUCGCAGACUCAGCGCCCCGAGUGCCUCUCAAGCAACUCCUUCUCGAGUCGGGCGAAGACGACGACGAUGAAAACUUGAAGCAAUUAGAGAAUAUCGUGUCUGACCGGUUAGACGAAGGGUUUGGUGAAUGCGUCUUCGAGAUAGGAUACGAGAACCACGGCGACUCAAUGAACCUGACGCUUGAUCAGUGGAAUCAAGCGUAUAAGACGUUGCAAAGAGCAGCCAAGCGAGCGCGCGCCGAUUGCGAUCUCUUGUUGACCAAGAAUGUCGGUGGCGAUGUCGAAGCCGCGAGCACCAGCACGGGCUCAACGAAGGAUAAGAGUUGCAGUGGCAAAGUCCUCAUACGACAGAACCCUUCUACGAUAGAGAAUGUCAUCGAGACAAGAAUAGCGGUAGUCGGAAAUGUUGAUGCUGGUAAGAGUUCUAUGCUAGGUGUUCUCGUCAAGGGCGACCUUGACGAUGGACGAGGGAGGGCGCGAGUGAAUCUCUUCCGACAUAAACAUGAAAUCGAGACUGGCCGAACCAGUUCCGUGGGUAUGGAGAUCAUGGGGUUUGACACAAAGGGCCAUGUCAUUACCUCAGACACUCCGGGGCGCAAGCUUUCUUGGGAGGAAAUUGGUAAGCGAAGCGCAAAGGUCAUCACAUUCACUGACUUGGCGGGCCACGAGAAGUACCUAAGAACGACAGUUUUCGGUCUGCUCUCGAGUAGCCCCAAUUACUGCCUCCUCAUGGUCGCAGCGAACAACGGCCUUAUCGGCAUGAGCAAGGAGCAUCUGGGUAUCGCCCUAGCUCUCAAUGUACCUGUCAUGGUUGUCGUUACCAAGAUUGACAUCUGCCCACCUAACAUCCUGGAGCAGACUUUGACACAAAUCACCAAGAUUAUGAAGAGUCCUGGAGCCCGCAAGAUCCCAACUUUCAUCAAGACGCGCGAGGAAUGCAUCAACACAGCUACACAAUUCGUCAGUCAAAGAAUAUGUCCGGUAUUCCUUGUUUCCAAUGUUACAGGAGAAAACCUUGACCUGGUCAGGACAUUCCUGAAUAUCCUCCCUCACCAUGGACGUUACAACUCAGACGCCCCCUUUGAGUUCCACGUCAAUGACACUUUCUCAGUGCCUUUCACUGGAACCGUUGUUUCUGGUAUCAUCAAGUCUGGGGUGAUCCACGAAGGCGACAACGUCCUCAUUGGACCCGACUCAUUAGGGCAGUUCAUCCCUACCGGCGUGAAGUCGAUUGAGCGUAAGAGGAUAAGAGUUCCUGCUGCGUCAGCAGGCCAGUCUGCCUCCUUUGCUCUGAAGAAGGUCAAGCGUAAGGAUGUGAGAAAGGGCAUGGUGGUACUUCCCAGAAUCGAAGGCCAGAUAAUGCCCAAGGUGCACCGGGAGUUCAUUGCAGAGGUCCUCAUCCUUUCUCAUGCCACUACCAUCAAGACAAAAUACCAGGCCAUGCUUCACGUUGGCCCUGUCUCACAGACCUGUGCUAUCAUCGACAUCGACCGCGAACUCAUCCGUACAGGAGAUCGCGCCACUGUAGCGUUCCGUUUCGUCCAGCGUCCCGAGUAUCUUGCGCCAGGCGAUAGGCUUCUCUUCCGUGAGGGGCGUACCAAAGGCCUCGGCAUAGUCAAGUCCGUUGGUUACGACCCCGAGCACCCUCUGAUGCCCGGCAAGGAUGGCGACAAAGAAAAGGAAAAGCAACCUGUUAACUCCGAAGUCAGCGUUGGGGCUUAG